AUGUUCUUUAACUUCCGACGUAAAAGCACAGUUGGCUGGUCAAUUGGCAACAUUUUGCUUGACUUCACUGGUGGUGCCCUAGACAUCGUCCAAAUGGUUUUCCAGAGUUACAAUGUGAACAACUGGAGCGCAUUCUAUGGCAAUCCCGUAAAAUUCGGCCUCGGCUUAGUUUCGAUAAUAUUCGACAUCAUUUUCAUUAUUCAACAUUAUAUACUGUACAGAGGUGUAACCGUUGUUCACGCUGAAUAUGAAGGGAUUGAAAAUCCCGAAGCACCACAGACAUCCCCCACAGAAAAUAACGCAGUUGAACAACCAACUACUGAGCCAAUCCUCCCAAGUGAAAUUACACUUAGACUGUAA